AUGGGGGACUGGAACCUGCUGGGGAAACUCCUGGAAAAAGCCCAGGAGCACUCCACUGUGGUGGGGAAGGUGUGGCUCACUGUUCUUUUCAUCUUCCGCAUCCUGAUCCUGAGUGCUGCGACAGAGAAGGUGUGGGGCGACGAGCAGUCAGGCUUCACCUGCGACACCAAGCAGCCCGGUUGCGAGAAUGUGUGCUACGACAUCACGUUCCCUAUCUCGCACGUCCGCUUUUGGGUGCUGCAGAUCAUCUUUGUGUCGACACCUACAUUAAUCUACCUGGGACAUAUCCUCCAUCUGGUGCGAAUGGAGGAGAAGCAGAAACAAAAGGAGAAGGAAAUGGGACAUCAAACAGAGAAGCAGGCUCUCAUUGCGGAGGCGAAGCACAAGAAGGCCCUGAUGAGGGACGAUAAGGGGCGUGUGCGUCUGCAGGGGGAACUGUUGCGCACCUAUGUUUUUAAUGUAAUCUUUAAAACCCUGUUUGAGGUGGGCUUCAUCGUGGCCCAGUAUAUGUUGUAUGGCUUUGAGCUGAAGCCUAUGUACACAUGUGACAGACCCCCAUGCCCCAAUGUGGUGAACUGCUACAUAUCCCGUCCCACAGAGAAAACCAUCUUCAUCAUCUUUAUGUUGGGAGUGGCCAGCGUGUCGCUGCUCCUCAACCUCAUUGAGGUCUACCACUUGGGCUUCACCAAGUGUCGCCAGGGUAUCAGCUACAGGAGAGGUGAUGCCUCCGCUGAAUCCAUCUCCAAGGAGCCCAGCGAGGCAGCAGUGCCUUUCGCUCCCAGUUACGAUGACUACUUCCACGGGCACCACCAAGUCCAGUCGGGCUACCCACCCGUCCCCAGCUACAACCUCUCCCCUCUGUCUGAGGAGACGGACUCUUCCUUCCAUCCCUAUCACAGCAAGGCGGCUUACAAACAGAACAAGGACAACUUGGCGGUGGAGAGGAGCAGCAGCAAGCCUGAGGAAUGUGACCUGAAAGGGAAGAAGGGAGCGGGAUCGGCCCCUGGGUCACCUACACAGGCCAGGCCCGGCCGCUACGCCAAACACAGCAACAACAAGACUAGAAUAGACGAUCUGAAGAUAUGA